AGCGGUGAACAAUAGUAGAUAGGUCACAUGAUUCAGAUUUGGUGGUAAACACUAAAUAACAAUAAUAACAUUACGGUUAUCUUAAAGACUGCCUACCGCUGACGCCUGACGGUUGAAGUGCCGAACUCGUUCAGACUUCAGUCCACAAUGAUUGAGGAAAUAUACUGUUUCUGAAAUCUAAGUUGUUAAUAAUUAACGAAGGUUCAUUUUUACACGGCCGAUAACCUGACAGUGUGUUUACUGAUAAUUUUUCAUUAAUCUGUAACAGUAUUUGUUACGAUUAGUGAUCGAAUGUACUGGUAAUCAAAUUACUAGUAACCAACAUUUAGUAUACUACAUACCUUUAUAAUAUUAUGUCUCCGACUGCCGACAUAAUAUCUUGAGUUCUGGUCUAAUAAAUAACGCAAUGUAUACAAUAGUUUUUCUCGAGUAAAUAUAUUGAAUUUUUUUUCCAAAAAGCAAUGUCUUUUACAUUCAAUCCAAACAUUGAACCAUUUCUUAUUAAGAACUUCAACAUUCAAACUACAAUAGGUUUAUUUACCAUAUGUGUUGGAUUAACGGCUUUAGCAAUUGUAUUCGAGUCCCUAAAAACCUUUCAUUAUAUGUCAAAGGUCCACAAACGACUACGCUGUUGUAGCCAGCCAAAUUGCAAAGACUAUGUCAAUAAAGAAAUGUCUUCAGUUACUCUUGGAACGAAAAUAAUUGAUUGUGUUAAAGGGCUGGGAGUUUAUUCCUUACAAAUGCUAAUUGGAUACGUUCUUAUGUGUGCCGUAAUGACGUACAAUGCUUUUGUUUUUAUUGCUGUUGUCGGAGGUUAUGGUGUAGGGUAUUGGCUGUUUGGUUUGACCAUGAUGCAGUUAACAGCAAAAAAUUUAUUAAAAUCCAAUAAUGUUCCGAUUAAAUGUAGAAAAUGUACUACAGUAAACAACAAUAAAAACGGUCAUGAAGAAGAAGAAAGCACUUGUACCGAAAUUAGUGAUAAUUCACCUGGUACAAGUUCGACAAUAGUAGUAGACGUACAUUGCAAUAGCUAAUAUUUUUUCCUGGCUUUAUAUUCCUCUCCCUAUUUUGUUUAUUUAGUGAAAAUGUUUUUUAAAUUUGUUUUAUAUUACUUUAUAGAUUUCUAAUGAGGUUUUCUUCAAGAAAUACUUUUAGUUACCCUUAUAAUGUUGAGUAUAUGUUUAUUAAUGUAUCCUGAUACCAAUUUGUUUUAAAACGUCUCUUAUUAUUGUUACCUUGUAGACUAUGCCAUAGUCAAUACAGUAAGUAAUUAAAUAGUCUAUUACUUAUUAGGUUGACCUAAUGGAUAAUUUUAUUGAAGCAUAAAGUAAAGAUAA